AUGGCUGGGAGGUUACUUUACAUCCGAGCUCACAGACUCUCCUGGCCUCUUCAUUUCCUCCUUCUGCUCCUGCUCAUGGCCAGGAGUCCCCAGGCUUUUGCUGUGACUGGUUACAGCUCUGAUCCCUCCAAGAAGGAGAUUAUAAUUGAGGGGGACCUAGUAAUCGGAGGCCUUUUCCCAGUGCAUCACAAAGGAGAUGGAGCAGAGGACUGUGGUCGCAUCAAUGCCCAGAGAGGCAUACAGAGACUGGAGGCCAUGCUGCUAGCACUGGAUGAGAUUAAUAAGAAUGACCAGAUCUUGCCCGGUAUCGUGCUGGGCGCUCAUAUACUGGACACAUGUUCAAAGGACACCUAUGCACUGGAGCAGUCGCUGGAGUUUGUCCGAGCUUCUUUAACCAAAGUGGACGACAGUGAGUACACAUGCCCAGACGGAUCCUAUGCUAUUCAUGACGAUGCCCCCCUUGCCAUCUCUGGAGUGAUUGGUGGGUCCUAUAGUGAUGUGUCCAUACAGGUGGCCAAUCUUUUGCGACUCUUCCAGAUUCCUCAGAUCAGCUAUGCCUCAACGAGUGCCAAGCUCAGCGAUAAGUCCCGCUAUGACUACUUUGCCCGGACAGUGCCUCCAGACUUUUAUCAAGCCAAGGCAAUGGCUGAGAUUCUGCGCUACUUUAACUGGACCUACGUCUCCACUGUAGCCUCGGAGGGUGACUAUGGAGAAACUGGCAUUGAUGCCUUUCAGCAAGAGGCCAGAGCCUUGCAAAUCUGCAUUGCUACAUCUGCCAAGGUUAGCCGAUCGAUGGACCGCUAUGGUUAUGAUGGGGUGAUCAGGUCACUGUUACAGAAGACCAAUGCUAAAGUUGUGGUUCUCUUCACCAGAAGUGAGGAUGCCAGGGAACUACUAGUUUCUGCAAACCGUAUGAAUGUCUCCUUCAUCUGGGUGGCCAGUGAUGGCUGGGGCGCACAGGAGAGUGUGGUAAGAGGGAGUGAAUCAGUAGCAGAUGGAGCUUUCACAAUUGAACUUGCUUCAUACCCGGUCCAGAAAUUUUCUGAGUACUUUACCAUUUUACACCCUUAUAACAACACUCGCAAUCCCUGGUUUCGAGAGUUUUGGGAGGAACAAUUUCAGUGCAGCCUGCACGAUAUUAGCUGUGGAAAACAUUCACUUCAAGAUGGCAAGUUUGAGCAGGAAUCCAAGAUCAUGUUCGUAUUGAAUGCUGUGUAUGCAAUGGCCCACGCAUUGCACACCAUGAGACAAUCAUUGUGUCCAAACACCACCAAACUCUGCAGUGCCAUGAAACCAGUAAAUGGAAAGAAGCUAUACAAGGACUUUAUCCUAAAAACAAAGCUUGAAGCUCCUUUUCGUCCAGCUAACACAGACAACAUCAUCCUCUUCGAUGCUUACGGAGACAGCCUGGGCCGUUACAACAUCUUCCGCUAUCACAAAGAGAACGGAACAUAUGUUUAUAGACAAGUGGGCUAUUGGGCACAGUCUUUAAGCCUGAAUACAGAUCUAAUCCCUUGGGAAAGCCAAAUGGUACCUGUCUCUCAGUGCAGCGAUCCCUGUAAGAAGAACGAAAUUAAGAGCAUGCAGCCUGGAGAUGUCUGUUGUUGGAUCUGCAUCCCAUGUCAACCCUACCAGUACCUCCAUGAUGAAUUCACUUGUGCGGACUGCAGCUUCGGACAGUGGCCUCUGGCCAACCUGACAGGCUGCUAUGACUUACCUGAGGAAUACAUUCACUGGGAAGAUGCCUGGGCCAUUGGGCCAGUCACAAUUGCUUGUCUAGGAAUCCUCUGCACACUCUUUGUAAUUGGUCUCUUCCUGAAGAACAACGAGACGCCAGUAGUAAAAGCUAGCGGACGUGAACUUUCCUACAUUUUACUCCUGGGUGUGCUCCUCUGUUACAGCAUAACUUUCAUCUACAUUGCUAAACCAUCCUCAAUAGUAUGUACAUUACGUCGUAUUGGGCUGGGUACCUCUUUCGCAGUUUGCUACUCAGCACUUCUGACCAAGACCAACCGCAUUGCCAGAAUCUUCAGUGGUGUCAAGGAUGGUGCUCAAAGGCCAAGAUUUAUUAGUCCUGCUUCACAAGUAGCUAUUUGUGCUGGACUCAUUUCCUGUCAGCUCUUAGUGGUGACAAUCUGGCUCUUAGUGGAGACACCAGGAGUGAGGAAAGAGGUCAGUCCCGAGAGAAGAGACGUGGUUAAACUGAAGUGCAACAGCAAGGACUCCAGCAUGCUGAUGUCUUUGACCUAUAAUUGUGUCCUCAUUAUCCUCUGCACCUUCUAUGCAUUCAAGACCAGGAAGUGCCCAGAGAACUUCAACGAGGCAAAAUUUAUUGGCUUCACUAUGUACACCACCUGCAUCAUCUGGCUGGCAUUUCAACCCAUCUUUUAUGUAACAGCCAGUGACUACCGGGUACAGACCACUACCAUGUGCAUCUCUGUGAGUCUGAGUGGAUCAGUGGUCCUGGGCUGCCUUUUCGCGCCAAAGAUCCACAUCAUCCUGUUCCAGCCACAGAAGAACGUUACUACCACACUCAGAGUGGCAACCACCCGUUUUAGUGUAACCACAGGUCCUGGUUCCAGCUACUCUCAAGCAUCCAGCAUCGUGCCAACAGUGUGUAAUGGAAGAGAAGUAGUCGACUCUACAUCAGCUCUCUAAAAGACAAACUAUCCAUCUGCUGAAUGUGGUAUACAGAUUAAAUAUAUCACCUGUCAAUAAAACGUGUUUGCUGAUAUUAAGCAGGCCAUUCUCAGUAGAGUGCCAAUUAUAUUGUUCUCAACGUGCUGUGGGUACAAGCUCUCUCUCUCUUUCUCUCUCUCUCUCUCGCUCUGUCUGCCCUUUUUUCUCCCUUAUUUACUCUUUUUCCUUUCUAAGACUAGUUAGAUGGGAUGCCAGCUCAAACUUUGUAUAACCUUUUUAUAGAACAUAAGGUAAUGCAUAAAUUGGUACAGUUAUAGACAAUUUGUUCUAUGUAUUAUGUACAGAACGUUUUUAUUGUAGAUAUUCUGUGA